AGUUAGGUUGUUAGCUAGAAAGUUAGCUAAUGGCUGGGGGAAAGAGAUCCUCCUCAACCCUCGCUUCGGGAGAGUUUCAGGAUUCCCUGAAGUAAAAACACCCGAAUAUUCCACAAGAGAUACCCCUGAAGGAAGUUAAGGUCAACAAUAACAACGCUAAUAUACGUAUUGUCAAGAUAAGUAUGCAGGAUGCAGUAACCGGGACGAGAAUGCUGACGGACGCCUUCGAGGACGAGAUCGACUCGGUGACUCCUCGCACCCCAGCGGUAGGGAUGGGGGUAGGAGCAACACCAGGAGUCGGACUCCGGGGCAUAGGGAUUGGUGUGGGCGGAAAGAAAGUACGAUUGUUUGGCGAGCCCGGUGGGCCUACUACAGAUAGACUGGAUUUCAAACUGGCUGCGGCUGCAGUCCUUUCCUCUGGUCCCGGAUCCAACAGCGACGAAGACGAGGUCUCAGAGGUGGAGUCAUUUAUCUUGGACCAGGAGGACUUGGAGAACCCAAUCAUGAAGACGGCCUCUGAGUUGCUUUUGUCCAGCGCCACAGACGGGGUGGACCUCCGCACCGUCGACCCAGAGACACAGGCCCGCCUCGAGGCCCUGCUAGAGGCUGCAGGCAUUGGUAAACUGUCAACUGCGGAUGGUAAAGCGUUUGCAGAUCCCGAGGUGCUGCGGAGGCUGACGUCGUCAGUGAGCUGUGCCCUGGACGAGGCGGCUGCCGCCCUGACGCGCAUGAGAGCAGAGAACACACUCAACGCUGGCCAGGCCGACAAUCUGGUUAUUUUCAGCCGUAGUCUAGCAGAGGCGUGUUCGGACGGAGACGUGAACGCUGUGAGGAAGCUGCUAGACGAGGGGCGGAGCGUCAACGAACACACUGAGGAAGGAGAGAGUCUUCUCUGCCUCGCCUGCUCUGCUGGAUACUAUGAACUCGCACAGGUGCUGCUCGCCAUGCACGCCAACGUGGAGGACCGGGGGAUUAAAGGUGACAUCACGCCCCUGAUGGCGGCGGCGAGCGGCGGUUACGUCGACAUCGUCAAGCUGCUCCUGGUCCACGGGGCUGACGCCAACGCACAGUCCUCCACCGGUAACACAGCCCUGACGUAUGCGUGUGCUGGGGGGUUUGUGGAUGUGGUGAAGGUUCUCCUGAAGGAGGGGGCCAACAUCGAGGAUCACAAUGAGAACGGACACACCCCUCUAAUGGAGGGGGCGAGCGCGGGCCAUGUGGAGGUGGCCAGGGUUCUGCUGGAGUACGGCGCCGGGAUCAACACACACUCCAACGAGUUCAAGGAGAGCGCCCUCACACUCGCCUGCUACAAAGGUCAUCUGGACAUGGUGAGGUUUCUGCUGGAAGCCGGGGCAGAUCAGGAGCAUAAGACAGAUGAGAUGCACACAGCGCUGAUGGAAGCCUGCAUGUCCCAGGAUGGGCAUGUGGAGGUGGCACGGCUGCUGUUGGACAGCGGGGCGCAGGUCAACAUGCCAGCUGACUCCUUCGAGUCGCCCCUCACCCUGGCAGCCUGCGGCGGGCAUGUGGAUCUAGCAGCUCUGCUCAUAGAGAGAGGGGCCAACCUAGAGGAGGUGAAUGAUGAAGGUUACACUCCUCUGAUGGAGGCAGCCAGAGAAGGUCAUGAAGAGAUGGUGGCCCUGCUACUGGCUCAGGGUGCGAACAUCAACGCCCAGACGGAGGAGACCCAGGAAACAGCCCUGACGCUGUCCUGCUGUGGAGGGUUCCUGGAGGUGGCUGACUUCCUCAUCAAGGCCGGGGCCGACAUCGAGCUGGGCUGCUCCACGCCUCUCAUGGAGGCUGCACAGGAGGGUCACCUGGAGCUGGUCAAAUACCUCCUGACUGCAGGGGCAAACGUACACGCUACGACGGCGACAGGAGACACAGCGCUGACGUACGCGUGUGAGAACGGACACACUGACGUGGCCGACGUUCUUCUGCAGACUGGAGCUGAUCUGGAGCAUGAGUCUGAGGGGGGGAGGACACCCCUGAUGAAGGCAGCCAGAGCAGGACACCUCUGCACCGUGCAGUUCCUCAUCAGCAAGGGUGGGUUAGGUGCUAAUGUGAACAGAGCGACGGCUAACAAGGACCACACGGUGGUGUCUCUGGCCUGCGCUGGAGGACACCUGGCUGUGGUAGAGCUGCUGCUGACGCACGGAGCUGACCCCACACACAGACUGAAGGACGGCUCGACAAUGCUGAUUGAAGCUGCUAAGGGCGGCCACACCAACGUGGUGUCCUACCUGCUAGACUUCCCUAACAACAUCCUGUCUGUCCCCGCGCCCGACCUCUGCCAACUCACACCCCCCUCACAAGACCCCUCUCAGGUUCCUCGUGUCCCAUUCCAGGCCCUGGCCAUGGUGGUGCCCCCACAGGAGCCAGACAGAGCCCCUUCCAACAUCACCACACCCCCGCCACCUGUCACCAGCAAAGGUUCGUCUAAGCAGAGACACGCUGCCACCCCUUCCAGCCCCUCCAGUCCAGGGGGGGUACGUCCCGGCCCGGGUCCCGGGGAUGCAGAGGCCUUGCCCCCCUUCCACCUGUGCCAGCCCCUGGAGUGUAUUGUGGAGGAGACCGAGGGGAAGCUUAAUGAGCUGGGCCAGAGGAUCUCAGCCAUAGAGAAGGCCCAGCUGCAGUCUCUGGAACUCAUCCAAGGAGAGCCGCUCACCAAAGACAAGAUUGAAGAGCUGAAGAAAAGCCGGGAGGAGCAGGUCCAGAAGAAGAAGAAGAUCCUGAAGGAGCUGCAGAAGGUGGAGCGCCAGCUGCAGUUGAAGACCCAGCAGCAGUUCACCAAAGAGUACAUGGAGGCCAAGGGCCUGAAGGAAGAGCAGGAGGCAGGCCAGGGCCCGGGACCAGGGCCGGGGGAAGGGGCCAACACUACCAUGCCUGGGGUCCUCACAGCAACACCAGGGAUUAACACGCGCACACAGCCCGGGUCGGACACAGGGUCUGACGAGGAGAACAGAGAGGAGGAGGAAGAAGAAGAGGAUAAUGAGGAGAAGUUUGCCUCAUUCCUAUUCCAGGAUGACGAAGAUGAGGAGGAUGAUGAUGAUGAUGAUGAUGACGACGACGAGGACGAGGACGAGGUGGAAGAUUACGCUAAACUACCCCAGGUGGACACCAUCCUCUACAGGGAUGGACAGCAGCCCCCCCUGCCCCCCUCGCCCUCACCCCAUCCCCUAUGCUCCCCCCACUCCCAUCUCCACCCCCCUCCUCCCCCCCUCCAGACUGCCUUCGUACCCAUCCAGCCCCUACCUGAGUACAGCCCGUGCCCAGCUGACUACCCCUGCCCUGGCAGUACCAGCCCUGAGCUGCAGAGGGUACUGGUGGGCCACCAGAUGCUGGGUCAGGGUCAAGGUCAGGGGUUAGGACCAGGGAUGGUAGGGCAGCAGGCCCCAGACGGACUCAUGGUGGCUUCGCCCGCUCAGACGCUUACAGACACGCUGGAUGACAUCAUGGCAGCAGCGGUGGGCAGCAGAGUACCCAUGUUGAACACUACAACGUCUCCAACCCCCCUGUCUGACCCCCUGUCACAGACCCCCUCCAAUAUGGGUUCACCCCCCUCCCCACUGCCCCUCUACCCCUCUGUGGACAUCGACGCACACACGGAGAGUAACCAUGACACUGCGCUGACGCUGGCAUGUGCCGGAGGACACGAGGAGCUGGUGUCUGUUCUCAUCGCGCGAGGAGCCAACAUCGAGCAUCGCGACAAGAAGGGCUUCACCCCUCUGAUCCUGGCUGCGACAGCGGGCCACGUAGGGGUGGUGGAGCUCCUUCUGGAUAAAGGGGGUGACAUAGAGGCCCAGUCGGAGAGAACCAAAGACACGCCCCUCUCCCUGGCCUGCUCAGGGGGACGACAAGAGGUGGUGGAGUUGUUGCUGUUGCGAGGAGCCAAUAAAGAACAUCGUAACGUGUCAGACUACACCCCUUUGAGCCUGGCGGCGUCCGGAGGCUAUGUCAACAUCAUCAAGAUCCUCCUCAACGCCGGCUCAGAGAUCAACUCCAGGACGGGCAGUAAGCUGGGUAUCUCUCCCCUGAUGCUGGCAGCGAUGAACGGUCACGUCCCUGCGGUCAAGCUGCUGCUGGACAUGGGCUCAGACAUCAACGCUCAGAUCGAGACUAACAGGAACACGGCUCUGACUCUGGCCUGCUUCCAGGGCCGGGCUGAGGUGGUCAGUCUGCUGCUGGACCGCAAGGCCAACGUAGAGCACAGAGCCAAGACUGGUCUGACCCCUCUAAUGGAGGCAGCGUCAGGGGGCUAUGCUGAGGUGGGCCGGGUGCUGCUGGAUAAAGGGGCUGACGUCAACGCCCCUCCUGUCCCCUCGUCCCGAGACACAGCCCUCACCAUCGCUGCAGACAAGGGCCACUACAAGUUUUGUGAGCUGCUCAUCAACAGGGGGGCUCACAUUGAUGUUCGCAACAAGAAAGGGAACACGCCUCUGUGGCUGGCGGCCAACGGCGGCCAUUUUGACGUGGUUCAGCUGCUGGUGCAGGCUGGGGCCGACGUAGACGCUGCAGACAACCGCAAGAUCACACCGCUCAUGGCUGCCUUCCGUAAGGGUCAUGUAAAGGUGGUUCAGUACCUGGUAAAGGAGGUCAACCAGUUCCCCUCAGACAUUGAGUGUAUGAGAUACAUCGCCACCAUCGCUGACAAGGAGUUGUUGAAGAAGUGCCAUCAGUGCAUGGAGACCAUCGUCAAAGCCAAAGACCAGCAGGCUGCUGAAGCCAACAAGAACGCCAGCAUUCUCCUCAAGGAGCUCGACCUGGAGAAGUCCAGAGAGGAGAGCAAGAAGCAGGCCCUGGCCGCCAAGAGAGAGAAACGCAAGGAGAAACGCAAGAAGAAGAAGGAGGAGCAGAAGAAAAAGCAGGAGGAGGAGGAGGAGGAGCAGGAGCAGAAGACAAACAAGGAGGAGGGGGAGGAGGACUAUGAGAUGCAGAAGCAGGAUGACUCCGCUGAGGAAGUGGACCCCCCCAUCGACCCCCCCAGUGCGACCACUACCACCACAAUCGGUAUUCCCGCCACCUCGCCCUCCUUCAGCUCUGUGUUCGGCAAGAGGGCCAGUGUUGCCACGACGACCAGCACCAACCGCAAGAGCAAGAAGAACAAGACCAAGGACUCCUCCCCCAGCGAACCAAUCAUACGGCAGGACCCACAGCAGGUGGUGCUGGCACAACACAAGGCAAACAAGAUCCAUGGUGACCCGCGGAGCGGGGCUGGGGGUGCAGGGGGCACCAGCGACUCAGACCCCCUGGACAGCACCGACUGUGCCAGUGAAAGUAGCAGCAGUGGGGGCAAGAGCCAGGAGCUCAACUUCCUCCCUGACCUCUCCUCUUCUUCCUCUUCCUCUUCAUCCUCUUCGUCCUCGGGCCCCUCUCACAGCCUGCAGCCAGGCCCAGAGAAGAGACACUGUCAUCAGCUACACCCAGUCACCGUCUCCAUCUCCAAACCUACACAGAAAGCUCCAGACAUGAGUGAGUUGACCCCCAGCAGCUCUGUACCGUCUCAGUUUAAGACCAUGUCGCUACCCGUCACAUCCUCCAACAGCAAGAGCCUCACCAGCCCCAAGAGGGGACAGAAGAGAGAGGAGGGUUGGAAGGAGGUGGUGAGACGGUCCAAGAAGCUGUCGGUCCCGGCCUCGGUGGUGUCGAGGAUCAUGGGUAGAGGAGGCUGCAACAUCACAGCUAUACAGGACGUGACGGGAGCGCACAUCGAUGUGGACAAACAGAAAGACAAGAACGGAGAGAGAAUGAUCACCAUCAGAGGUGGCACAGAGUCAACACGCCACGCAGUCCAGCUGAUCAACUCUCUGAUCCAGGACCCAGCCAAGGAACUAGAGGACCUGAUCCCCAGGAACCACAUCAGGGCCCCGGGCUCCAAGACCACCUCAGCCCCAUUCCCCACCCCCACUGGAGCUAACCUUAACCUCACCAUCGGUGCCAAGGCCCUGGGCUCCCUGGUCACGUCCUCUGGGGUCUCCUUCCAGUCUUCAUCCUCUCAGACAGGGGGUAAGAUGGGUAAGGGUCUGUCUGGGGUGAGGCAGCCCUUCCCUGUGUCUCUCCCCCUGGCCUAUGCCCAUCCCCAGCUGGCCCUCCUGGCAGCCCAGACCAUGCAUCAGAUCAGGCUCCCCAGGCUGCCCAUGGCCCAGUUUGGUGGGACCUUCUCCCCUGCCGCCAGCACCUGGGGCCCGUUCCCGGUGCGGCCGCUGAGUCCCGGUAGCGCCAACAGCUCCCCCAAACACAACGGUGGUAGCAGUGGUAACAACCAGACCAGAUCCAACUUGUCUAGUCAUAAUGAUCACAAUAACACAUCAUCCACGGGCUCCUCUGUCUCCAGUCCUAGUGCCUCUAACAGUCAGACAGCUACGACUACAGGGUCACCCCACACCCCUAACCACCCUCAUGGGGCCCAGGCCCAACCCAGUGCCCCCACCCCUUCCUCAGUCAGGAAACAGCUGUUCACCUCUGACCCCAAGCACACAGGGAUCAACUCUGUCUCCAUGGUUACUGCCACCACUGUCAGUAGUAGUCACUCAGUGAGAGGUACAGUGUCUCCCGCCCACCAACACACAGGCUUAAUGGCUACGUACGCCCCUAACACUCCUCAUCCCCAGGUCGCACCCAUCUCUCAGCCCCCCAAGUCACCUCCCAGCGCCCCCACUGCUCCCCCAGGCAAGGAGAAGCUGACCCCCUCCCUCUCUCAGGAGGGCCAGCACGUCUCCGUCAACAAUGUGGUUAGUUCAGGUGGUUUCACCGCCCCUGCCAUGGCUGCCCCCUCCAAACCUGAGCCCCGCCAGCAGCAGCACCAACCCCCUCCUCCCCUAACCUCCACCAGCUCAUCAGACCCCCCUCCACCUCUCCAGUCCAGCUCCCACCUCCCCCCAUCCUCCUCCGCCCCCUCACACAAACACCCCAACAGCACCGUACCCCACUUCUCGGCUCCCGCUCCCCGCAUCUCACACCGCAUGCAGCCCCCGACAGGGCCCUACUACCAACACCCCAACCAGCAGCAGCAACAACAACCGUUCCUACCCCACAACACACAGCAACAACAUGAGCACCCCAAACAGAAGCUGCCCCAGCCCCCCUCCAUGCUCCCUCAGCCCCAGUCCUCCAUGGGUCUGAUGAACGGCUCUCCGAUGCAGCAACAGCAGGUCCAUGGUGGGGCCAAGCCCCAGCAGAUGCCCCCUAACUUCGGCCCUGCAGCCCUCUUCAACCAUUUCAGCAGCAUGUUCGACAACAACAACCAGGUGGGUAACAACCAGGUGUGGGGUGCGUGCCACCUCCCUGCCCGCUCCCCUCCUGAGCAGCAGUAUUCUGCCCCUCCCGCCUACAUGGGCCAGAUGGAUGGCAUGAUGGCCCCUCCUCCAGACAGCUCCAAGGCCCCUGGGUACCGCUCUGCCUCACAGAGGAUGGUCAACAGUCCUAUUGCUUUGACCAGCUAUGCUACCAGUAUGUCUGGUAGUCCAGUCUAUCUACACGGGCCAGCAGCUGUGGGCACCCCCUCCUUCAGCAGACAGCACUUCUCCCCUCACCCCUGGAGCGCUGCCACAUCAGGCGAGUCCCAGGCGGUGCCCCCUCCCUCCACGGUGUCAUCAUCUGGCCCCGUGGCCCCCCCUCCCCACCAGGCCAAGCAGGGCAGCAGCCAGCAGGACAGGAAGGUGCCUCCUCCCAUCGGGACAGAGAGGCUGGCGAGGAUCAGACAGACCACCGUCAACCCUCCUCUCCUCCAGACCUCCUACACCGCUCCUGUAGGACAGGGAGGCAUAUGGUCCUUUGGAGUCGGCAGCGCCUCGGAAGCCAUGUCAGGUUGGUCUCAGCCCCUGAUGGGAAGUCACGUGAUCCACCCUGGGCUGCAGGCGGACCACACCUUCUCCCAGUACCAGCCCAUGGAGCAGGACGACUCCGGCAUCUCUAACCCCGCUAACUACCACCAGCAACACAUCAACCACCCCAACAACUACAUGGACUUCCCCAAGGGUAUGGCCAUGUCAAUUUAUGGAGGGACCAUGUUGCCCCCCAACCCCCCUAUGGGAGAGGGUCCGGGGGGGGCCAUGUUCAACGGGCUGCACGCUGCCGACCCUGCAUGGAGCCCCAUCAUCAAGGUGGUCCCCAACAACGCAGACAACACCGACCCACAGCAGGUGUGGCCUGGGACCUGGCCUCCUCAUGUGCACCUGAACCACGUCAACUAGCCGGCCGGCAUUGACAGCAAUCAAACACACAUCCACAUCACACACCACAAACAUGAAUUUAAUUUCCAACUGACAACAAAACCCUGAUGAGACAACAAAAAACGAACAGACUUGUAUAACAUGUUAACUUUAGUAGAGAACGGAGAGCAAAGCAGAGUUUGAAGAAUUGGAGAGAAAUUAUCUUGACACCGUUCUUUAAUGUGCCUAACUCAAAAUAAGAAAUAUACUACAAUUUGAGCGAGGGCUGUUAUGGUAGUGGGGUCGGGAGGGAGGGAAAAUUCUGGGCCCUAAUUGAAGUACUGUUAAUGUCUGAUGAACAACCAAAUUGAUGGUGACAGCCUGUCCAACAGGCUCCAUGCUCUGUGUAGCAUAGAUGUAGGACUUUGACCCACGUGCAGAGUUGUCGCUCUCCUCAGGGGGAGACCUGAUGAAGGUGAUGACGACGGAGCUAAUGAUACUCAACCAACAACUAGAGGAUGAUGAUUACCUAAAGAGAGGCAGAGAGAGGGAAAGAAAUCAGAAUACCUUUUAGUGGUAAAUACAUGUAUAAUUGUUUACAUACUAAAAAGGGUUAAAUUGAGAGUACAUUUCACGUCGUAUAGUGGCUCUACUUUACGUAGCCUGUAUUAAUGUGAAAUAUUUACCUUAAUAUUCAAUAAACAUAUUGAUAUGUA